AUGGACACCCCCAAACCCGAACCUCACCCCCCUCGCAGCCUAGCCGCCCGCCUCGACACCUACGCCGCCAAAAUCUACCGCCCCAUCGGCUUCACUAAAGGCUACAACUUCAUCCUUUGGUUCAUGACCAACUCAGCCCUCCUAGGCUUCGUCCUCUCUCGCCUCGCCCGCUUCGGCCUGCGCAGCUACACGCGCGUGGGGCUGCUAAUGCACAUCGCUACCAUCCUCCCGGCGGGGCUGCUGGUCUGUGUCCAGUUCGUGCCGGUCGUGCGGCACCGCUGGCUGCUCGUGCACAGGGUGAAUGGGUACGUGGUGAUUUUGUUGUCGCUGGUGUCGACGGCGGGGGCACUUAUGAUUGCGCGGGACUCGAUGGACGGGCAUCCGGCGUCGCAGAUGUAUAUUGGCGUGCUGGGGGCGGUGUUUCUUAUUGCGUUGGCGCUGGCGUGGUGGAAUGUGAAGAGGUUGCAGAUUGAGUUGCAUAGGAAGUGGAUGUUGAGGGCGUGGGUUUAUGCCGCCUCCAUCAUCUCCCUCCGCCUCAUCGGCCUGCUUGGCGCACCCAUCCUGUCCCGGACAGACCCAUACUGCAUGGCGCGCACAUGCAAGGUGAUUCACGACACGCUACGGAACAACCAGGGGCUCGUGCUGCAGUGGUAUCCCGGCUGCCAGCCGUGGUAUGAUGGGGCCGAUGACGAGCUGCAGGUGCUGGUCUGCGCUAAUACAAAGGGCAAUCCCUUGGAGUCGGCCGCGGCGACUCAGCUCUUGUUUGCAGCGUGUGGGUGGCUAGCGUUGACGCUGCAUGCGAUUGCGGUUGAGAUUUAUCUGCACUUGACGCCGGCUGAGCACGAGAGGCUGCGCAACGUCUCAUACCAGCGACAGGUCGAGGCGGGCAUGAAAAAUCCCGGGAGGGCUGGCCUGACGGCGGACCGGUUGGGCGACAGCGCUUUGUGGACGCCACAGGAGGCCACCACCGUGGUGCAGGCCGUGGUGCAGGCCGUGGCGGCGGAUAAGGAGCUAACGGCGGCCCACGUCUAG